AUGAUUAACUUGCUGGGCCAACAGUCGAGGCAGACAACAUUCUUCUCGUCAAUGGGGAACAUUCUGACGAAAAGCCUGCCGGACAGUCGCACCGGCCUAUCCAAGCGAGACACCAAGCUCAUCCGGAACAGUUGGUCCAUGCUGUGCAAGCAGCACCCCAAGGCCGAUCAGCUCAUUUUCAAGGCUCUGUUCACCAAGCACCCGGACUUCAUGGCACUGUUCCAGCACUUCAAGGACAAGGAUCUUGGCGUCGUCCUGAGUGACCCGCAGUUCGCCUUGCACUCGAGUGCGAUCAUCCAGGCGUUCGGCACCAUAAUCAGGUCCCUCGACGACCCCGCCGGAGUGGUGGCCUUGAUACGCAAGAACGCAACUGACCACACAACGCGCAAGGGCGUGCAGCCAUCGCACUUCGAGGCCAUGCUCAACGUCGUGCUGGAAGUGCUCCAGGACAAGCUGGGUUCCCGGUUCAAGCCCGAGGCCAUCACGGCAUGGGAGAAGUUCAUAGAGGUCGGUAAACUACUUUGGUCAGAAGAAAAGAAACGAUUCGUAGUCUUCUGGUGA